UUUACAAAGGUGGCCGACAACAUUGAAAAGGUGGGACUACUGGACAACUUCAAGGCCGAUAGGUGGACCUGUUGGGUGGCAAAAAACAUCUAACGCGAUUGGAAUCCCAAUGUACGCGAGCUGCGUUGUCAGCGGUCAACAACCAAACGUCUGGCUUAGAAGUAAUCCUGUCACAAUCCCAAGUGCAGUGAUACAGGUUUACAUUGCUAUUCAAUACCGCUCAAAGAACUGCACAAUGUUGGAUGGAGAUGAUUUCUGUAGAGAAUAUUUUGACCUUUACGUGCAUCAGUCCUGGAAUAAAGAGGUACCCGAACCUCCAGGAAACAAUUCCACCUAUUCAAAGAUUGCUAAGAUAACUGCGCCGAUCCCAGGUGUCUACGCAAGAGUAACAAAAAUAUUUGGUGUUCUAGUGAAAGGAAGGUACAUCACGCUGGCUUUUCAUAAUCAGGGCUCUUGCAGCGUCAUUUAUUCUGUUGUUGUCAGUUAUUUCUUUUGUCCAGAAUUUACAGUUGGUACUGGCUUGGUGUCCUUACCACGAUCCAUGGCUCCAGCAAACAAUUCAGAACCAGUAGAAGGUCGAUGUGUCGUGAAUGCUGUCCAUUAUCAAGGUAUUGUAAUGUUAGACUGCCAAAGCGAUGGCUUUUGGAACAUCAGCUCACUUCAGGGAGGUUGUGUAUGCAAGGAGAAGAUGGAUAAUGCAGGAGGAGAAUGUAGAGAUUGCCCAGAGAGAAAAUACAACAAUCAGAAUGGUUUGAAUUGUACAGUCAUACCAUCAGCCUCAGGUAUUCUCCAAGUUAUCUUCGUUAACCAAAGCGUAUUGGAGUUAAAAUGGCGGCUUCCUGCAAUAACCGGCGAUCACACCCACGUGUUUUAUGACGUCGACUGCCGCAAGCCGUGUGAAGGUGAAUACGACGACAAAUGCGUGGAUAAAUCAUGCGGGAGUGACGUCAUUUUCAUGCUAAGAAAGGACUGCUUGAAUUUCACUCACGUUACUGUUGAAAAUCUAUCUUCUUUGAUAAGCUACGCCGUGAAAAUCUACGCCAGGAAUCGAGUAAGAGAUUUGGCGGAAAGGAAACAUGGAAUUGAGGGAAACCACGCGGAGAUAACUGUAAGGACUAGCAAACCUUGGGCCUGUUUCUCGAAAGUCCCGAUCCUAGUCCAGGUUAAUCAGCUUCAUUGUCUUAAAUGUAACACUCCUUCCUCAGAGUUUUAUUCCACAGAUUCCAAGGCGACAAUGUAUCUCAAAAUUAUCUAUGGACUGGUUGGUUUGUUCGCACUUUGGAUAGUGUCUUUCGCUAGCUACAUCACAUACAAAAGAUGGAACCACCGAGGAAAUGUUCACCGUGAGUUAAUUAUCAUAACUAACAAUUCUAACAAUCUUUACACAGACGUCGAAAUGAGUUCUGUAGCUGAGCGGCAAAAAGUGGAUCACUUUAGACUUGAUCGAGAUCAAAUAACAACAGUAAAGGAGCUUGGGAAUGGCAACUUUGGUCAAGUGUCCAAAGCAGUUUACAAACCUUUAAUUUCCGAAGUGGCUGUCAAGUCUUUGAAAGGCAACGCUUCAAAGAAGGACUUGCAAGACUUGCUGACUGAAUUGGAUCUCAUGAAAACCUUGAUGCCUCAUCCUCAUGUUGUUGAAUUCAUUGGCUAUUGUAUUGAGAAAGACCCACAUCUCCUAGUGUUGGAGUAUUUACCAUAUGGUGAUCUGUUGGGAUAUCUGCGCAAGAGCAGAGGGAUCGAGGAUCCUUAUAACACAGGAGAAAAGAGACCAAGCUCAACACUCACAGAAAAGGACCUCUUGUCCUUUGCGUGGAUGAUCGCUGAUGGUAUGAGCUAUUUGUCAUCAAUGAAGAUCGUUCAUCUUUAUUUAGCAGCUCGCAACGUGUUAGUUGCGGACGAUAAAGUAUGCAAGAUUUCAGACUUUGGUUUAGCUCGUGGUUUGAAGGAAGAUGUAUACACGAGAAAAACACAGACUCGUCUGCCAGUUAAAUGGAUGCCUCCGGAAUCUCUCUUCUAUGGUUUAUCUUCCACAGUGAGUGACAUAUGGUCUUACGGUACUGUGAUGUGGGAGGUGUUUACUAUUGGUAUGUAG